AUGAAGAAACAAGUGACUUUUAAACCCUUCCGUCUGAGCCCUGUGGACCAUUCCCUGCCCAAAGUCUACAUCUUCAAGUCGUUAUAUUUUCGAGGGGUAGAUGAUACUGGCAGUCUUUCGCGCCUGCAAGAUGGUAUAGACCGUCUAAUAUCCUGCUUGCCGUUUCUUUCCGGAGAAGUCGUGCCAUGUGCGGAUAUCCCUGAUAAAGUCGGGGUCCUCCAAGUGCAGAUGCCUUGCCCCUCCCUCCAAGAGAUCCCCAUGCUCCUAGUUAAGUCAUAUCCGAACCACACAUGGCCCGCAGCUAGUACUUCAGAGAGAUGGAGGAAUACGGCCUUACUCGAUCAGUCAUAUCGUCCACUCCCUGAUUUCAUUCCGCCGUCGAAACCUCGACCCGUGCUCCGCUUCCAGGCCAAUUUCCUGGCGGAUGGACUCAUGCUCUGUAUGGGUUACAAUCACUCUGUGUUUGACGGUACUGGAGCUGGUAAUAUCCUCGAAAUGCUGGCUGACUGUUGCCGUGCCAAUCCAAAUAGCAUUCUCGCUCUACCCACCAAUGGCGACAUCGAGUCCGAACUGCGCGGGCUGUUGUCCAGUCCUGGUGUUGCUGUUGCAAAUGCGUCCCAGGAAGCGUAUGCCAUCAACUGUGCACACACGGAGGUAGAACCCGAACCUUCCUCCGCUAUGCUGUACUGUUGGCCCUUCCUGUUGUCUUCCGAGAAGAUUGAAUGCCUGCAAGAAGCAUGUAACAGCCUUUUACCACAUAUUGUACGCUUGUACAGUGGGACCCAAAGUUCUUUGAUCAACCAGGACACAAACUGGCCACAUAUUCUCUCUAGCAACGACGUGUUGACCGCGUUGCUUGCCGUAAGUAUUGAGAAAGCCAGGGAAGCGACAGGGGCCCUGGGACAUAUGAGCAGAAGCCUUGCGAUGGCUGUGAAUCUCCGAGAACGAUUAAAGCCGAUGCCGAGGCAUUAUCUUGGAAAUUUAGUGACCACUGUAUGGGUGUCUCAUCAUCGACCUGCGGUGAAGGACCUGGAGACGAUGGUUUUACCUGUCCCAGCCUGUAAUCGUCAUGAAAUUGACAGAGAUGAUCUCCUUUGGAUUACCCACGUUGCGUUCCGUAUCCGUCUUGGACUGAACGCCAUCAACGAAGAGCAUAUUCGCGGGCUCAUUCACUAUCUGCACAGUCAGGAUGAUUGGGAGCAAAUAGGCAUUCAUUUUACUGAUCCCAUAUUCAUCAGCAGCUGGCGGCAUCUGAAAGUAUACGAGCUCGACUUCGGUCCAACAAUUGGGCAUGCUGAGCACUUUGAAAUGGAUGUCGGAACCACGGAUGGCGUAUGCGUGGUUAUGCCAGCUAACACAAGGGCUGUCGGAAAGACCAAGAAGGCUCCAUGGGACAUUCGCAUUGUCUUGAAUCCAGAGGUCUUGCAAGCUUUGAUCGCUUCCGCAAUCUUUGGUUGGGCUAUGGUGAAGGAUGCUUCCACGUAA